CUUCACCUAGAUAACAUGUCAGGAUAUUUAGUUUGUUUUUAUUAUUGAGAAUAAUAAAAAACACAGGCUAGAAAACGGACACAUCGGUUAACCAGAACCUGUUAAUAAUUCACAAAGAACUAAAAACUCGAUGCGAUUGGUAAAGCUUACUAUUAAUCAAAUCUCGUAAAUCUAUAGAACAUAACACACAGACAAAAAGAAACACAAACAGAGAAACGCAAAAGAAGAAGGAAAAAAAUGAACUUCGAGCUUGUCUUCAUACCGUAUCCUGGCAUUAGCCACCUCAGAUCAACAGUGGAGAUGGCGAAGCUACUAGUAGACCAAGAAAACCGCCUCACUGUCUCCGUUCUCAUCCUUCCUUUCCUCUCCGGAAGCGCAGCCGCUGCUUCCCCCUACGUGGAAGCUCUCUCCGCCGCAUCUAGCGACCGCCUCCACUACGAAGUUAUCUCCACCAGCGGAGACCAAACAACCUCUGAGCCUGAGGCUACGACGCUUGACAUGCAUAUCGAGAACCACAUCCCAAACGUGAGGCGCGCCGUUGCGAAGCUUUUCGACCACUACUCCACACUACCAAACUCACUAAAGAUCGCUGGCUUCGUCCUCGACAUGUUCUGUACUUCGUUGAUAGACGUGGCGAACGAGUUUCACGUCCCGAGUUAUCUUUUCUACACGUCAAACGCCGGGGUACUCGCACUAGGGUUUCACGUUCAGCACCUAUACGAUAAUAAUAACUACCAUGUUAGAGAAAGUGAUUUCGAAGACUCGGAAGCCGAGUUAGUCAUCCCCGGUUUGACUCGUCCUUAUCCGGUGAAAUGUCUUCCACACGGCCUUGCAUCGGAACUGUGGCUCCCCAUCUAUGUGAACCACUCAAGAAGAUUCAAAGAGAUGAAGGGUAUUCUCGUAAAUACUGUUGCUGAGCUGGAACCUUACGUGUUGGAAUAUCUCUGGAGCGGUGGUGAUACUAAUAUUAUCAUUCCUCAAGCUUACUCGGUUGGACCACUUUUGCAUCUUGAGCACCAAGUGGACGGGACACAAGUGGAGAUUUUACAGUGGCUGGACGAGCAACCGGCUAGAUCAGUAGUAUUUCUAUGUUUUGGGAGCAUGGGAGGCUUCAGUGAGGACCAAGUACAAGAACUCGCAGUCGCACUUGAACGAAGUGGCCACACUUUCUUAUGGUCUCUCCGUCGCUCUUCACCGAAUAUACUAAACAAACAUCCUGAAGAGUUUAAGAAUCUUGAGAAAGUUCUCCCGAAAGGGUUCUUGGAACGGACGCAAGAGAGAGGGAAGGUGGUCGGAUGGGCCCCGCAGGUGGCUAUUCUCGCGAAUCAAGCGAUAGGAGGUUUUGUCACUCACUGUGGGUGGAACUCUUUGCUCGAGAGUCUUUGGUUCGGUGUUCCGACAGCUGCGUGGCCGUUAUACGCAGAGCAGAAGUUCAACGCGUUUGAGAUGGUGGAGGAGCUUGGACUGGCCGUGCAGAUUAAAAGGUACUGGAGAGGCGAUCAUUUGGGUGGAGUGGCGGCUGUGGACUUGGUGAAGGCGGAGGAGAUUGAGAGAGCAGUGAGGUGUCUGAUGGAGCAGGAUAGUGAGGUGAGGAAGAGAGUGAAGGAGAUGAGCAAGAAAUGUCAUGCAGCUUUAAUGGAUGGUGGAUCGUCGCGUAUUGCUAUGCAAAAGUUCAUCCAAGACGUUGUGAAGAAUAUCGCACUACCAUGCUCUUAAAUUAUAUAGGCCCAAAAAAAUUAAUAAAGUUUAGUAACCAUAUUUUCUCAAUAGUAUUACGUACUACUUUGAAGUAUACAUCGAUUGUCUCAGAGAUUAGGGUAAUGACUCAUCUUCGCACUAACUGAAGAGAGUAUUUGAUUAAGGAAGAAUUAAGCCACUCAUUGGCCAAUA